CGGCGCAUGUGCGGCGCGGAGUCGGUGCGGGCGGUGUCACCCCGGCGGCCGGCGCCCUCCUCCGCCCCCGCGCCCCCGCCCGGCGCCCCCCGCCCGCCCCGCCCGCCAGGUGGGCGCUGAGCUGCGGGCCGAGGCCGCCGGGCCGGGCCGGGGGCGGCGAUGAUGCACAGGUUCCGAAAGUGGCUGUACAAACCCAAGAGGUCGGACCCCCAGCUACUGGCACAGUUCUACUACGCGGAUGAGGAGCUGAACCAGGUGGCAGCCGAGCUGGACAGCCUGGACGGCAGGAAGGACCCACAGCGCUGCACCUUGCUGGUCAGCCAGUUCCGCUCCUGCCAGGACAACGUGCUAAACAUUAUCAACCAGAUUAUGGAGGCCUGCAUCCCCCGGGAGCGUGCCCCACGGGACUUCUGCGUCAAGUUCCCCGAGGAGAUCCGUCACGACAACCUGGCCGGCCAGCUCUGGUUUGGCGCCGAGUGCCUAGCGGCCGGCUCCAUCAUCAUGAACCGCGAGCUGGAGAGCAUGGCCAUGCGGCCACUGGCCAAGGAGCUGACGCGCAGCCUGGAGGCCGUCCGGAGCGCCCUGCGGGACCAAGCCCUGAGGGACCUGAGCACCUACACCGAGCGCAUGCGUGACGCCUUGCGCCAGUUCGACCUGCUCUUUGCAGAGUUUGAGCUCAGCUAUGUGUCGGCCAUGGUGCCCGUGAAGUCCCCCCGUGAGUACUACGUGCAACAAGAGGUCACCGUGUUGUUCUGCGAGACGGUGGAGAGGGCUCUGGACUGCGGGUACUUGACCCAGGACAUGAUCGACGACUAUGAGCCGGCCCUCAUGUUCACCAUCCCCAGGCUGGCCAUAGUGUGCGGCCUCGUGGUGUACGCGGAUGGACCCCUGAACCUGGACCGGAAGCUGGAGGACAUGUCCGAGCUGUUCCGGCCCUUCCACACGCUGCUGAGGAAGAUAAGGGACCUGUUGCAGACGCUGACGGAAGAGGAGCUUCACACGCUAGAGCGGAGCCUCUGUGUCUCUCAGGACGGGGACUUCCCUGCCCGCACGGACGCCCCUGGGCCCCCCGCCCUGGCACCCACCUUCCCUGCCACGCUGCCCCCCGAGGACAAGCCCCCCACGGAGGAGCUGGCCUGCUCCAUGCAGGACGACGACCAGGAGCUGGAGCAGCUCAGCCGCAUGGUGCACCGCGCUGGGGACGAGAUGUCCUCACUGCUGUCCCCGCCCAGCGCCUGUCCGUCCCCCGCGCACCGGCCGGGCCCCGAGGGCAGCCCCUGCGUGAGGGCCUCCCCGUCCCCGUCCCCAUCCCCGUCCCCGGGCAGCGCCAGGCUGCAGCCGGGAGAGGAGGACGAGCGCGUCUUCUUCAUGGAUGACGUGGAGGGCCCGGCCGAGGCCUCGGGCCGACCCGGCUGCUGGGAGGGGGGUGCGGGACCCCAGGAGCCGGGGCCCGGCCGGGGGGGCGGAGGCCAGGUGGCGGCCACGGCAGAGGACUUGAGCAACAACAACGUUCCCAAGGACAAGCUGCGGGUGGCCGGCCUGGCGGACCCCAACUCCUGCAGCUGCCUGGAUGCCCAGCUGGCGCCGGACGGCUGGGAGGGGGCCCUGGAUGCGGCCGAGACGGCUGAGCUCAUCGCCCACCGCACAGGCGGGAUGAAGCUCUCGGCCACUGUCAUCUUCAACCCCAAGUCGCCUGCCGCCCCCGAGGGCCCCGGGCCUGAGGAGGCUCCCCGCUGCCUCCUGCACUCCUGCGUGUGCUGCGCAGGCUGUGGGCCCGGCGGGGAGGAGGCCGCCCUUGUGGCCCCGCCCGGCCCCCCUGAUGCCCCUGCCAGCAGGGACGAGCCCCACACCCCCCACAAGUGCCUGGCGCUCGGUCCCGGAGGGGGCGACCCGGGUGGGCACCCGGAGCCCGGGACUGGACGGCAGGAUGCGGGGCAGCCACUGGCCGGAGGGGAGGAGCAGCGGCUGGGUGUGGAGGUCAGGGAGCAGCCGCCAGGCCUGGGCUGUAGUGGCUCCCCAGGGGACGCCGCCCGUCACGAGGCCACGAGAGAGAAGAUCCGCUCCAGGUUCCACGGCAGCCAGGACCUCAUCCACCGCCUGUUUGUCUGCAUUUCAGGGGUGGCCGACCAGCUGCAGACCAACUAUGCCAGCGACCUGCGCAGCAUUCUCAAGACGCUCUUUGAGGUCAUGGCCAGCAAGCCCGAGACAGACAACAAGGACAAGCUCAAGAAGGUCACGCAGACCCUGCACAGUGCCACCCUGGCCGACUGUGCCCUAUGCCAGGAGAGCCUGUCGUCCUCCGAGCCGGCUGCCAAGACCCGGGAUGGGGACCUAGAAGACCCGCCCGAGUGGGUCCCCGAUGAGGCCUGUGGCUUCUGCACAGCCUGCAAAGCGCCCUUCACCGUCAUCCGCAGGAAACACCACUGCCGCAGCUGUGGGAAGGUGGGCCACAGCCCCACGCUCCUCAUGCCCCAGCACCGGCCUCUCAGCACCGGGACAGCCGCAACCUGGGGGCCCUCCCCGCUGGGGGUCAGUGUCCUCCGGCCACCAGGCAGCGCCUCCCCUGGACCCCAGCCCACGGCGCGCACCUGUCCCGGGGGCCCUGCCCCUGCCUCCACCCUUGGGCGCAGUGCCUGGGUUCUGGGCUCUGGGCAUGUGCGCUGCCCCCCCCCCCCCCCCCGCACCCUGGCCUGGGGCACCCACGGUCGGCACGGACGCCUCCUCAGGCUUAAAUCUCAGGCUUCACAUGCAGCUUUAUUUUUGGAGAGUCCCGCUUCCCGGAGGCCCGGCGGGCUGGCGGGCGGGCAGAGGGAGGGGAGGUGUGUGUGUAGAUUAUUUUUAUUUUUAAAGGCUGUGACUGGAGACCAUUUCCAUAAAUCUAUUUAAGAUUGCA